GCGGAGCAUAUCGAACCGAGGCAUCGCCUGCCGCACAGCACUGCCUGUGACUGAUCCAGUGAAGCGGGCCGCCACUGUCAUUUCAGCUGAGCGCAAUGGCAUUGCCGAACCCCAUUCGCCUGAUGCUUUCCUGCAUUUUCACUGGAAGCACUUGGCUUGUCCUGAUAAACUUUGCAGAUUGCCUGUACCUCUCCCAAAAGCCUCGAUACCUUGGCGUGAAGUCUGGGAGAUCAGUGAAAAUCUACUGUGUAGGGGUGAACGAGUCAGUGCAUUGGUACAGGACCCAAGCUUACGGGUCUCAGGAGAGAAAAACAAUUAAUAAGAGUAGCCGCAUCAUGAUAGAUGAGGCCUUACCUAAGAAAAAUGCUUCACUCUCAAUCCUCAAAGUGACACCUGAAGACUCAGGAAUUUACUACUGCGAGGUGAACAAUAAAAAUGGGUCUGGGACCGAGCUAAGGGUAGUCAGACAUAUAACACCCAAGGUUGCAGAGAAAAGAAGCAACAUGAAAGAUUCCAUGAUCAUCAUCCAGGGCUUGCUGCUCGUGCUGUGUGCUACUGCUCCAGUGUUGCUUUAUUUCUACAAAGGUAACAAUGAGGAUGGAAUUUACGAAGAACCUCAAGACGACCAUUUGUAUGAGGGAUUGACAGUUGAGCACUGCGACCUGUAUGAAGACAUCCCCGCUUAUAGCCAACCAGCAGAAGCCGAGUGGGAAAGCCCUGAAACCCCGUGUGAAGAAUGAGGCAUUGAACUGGCAUCAAGCUACCUAAGAUUACAGCUACUAUGUCAUCACCCUGGAGCAAUGAUAUUAACUGCCAUUCACUGAACCAAACUGCUUAAAUAACAGCUCGUCAGUUAUGAAAAGGACGAAGGGAACUGUGACCCGGAGCUCAGAAAUCCAAACAAGGCAUCAUUGCCCAUCAUUGUGCAUCAUUGUGCAUCAUUGUGCAUCAUUGUGCAUCGCACCAUGUUGUAUACCCAGAGAACCAGUAUCGCAAAUGCAAAGCAGGAGCCCCGUUACUGAUGCUAGGCCUAGCAAAUUGGACCCCCAAGCCAGACCAAUCAAAUUUUUGUUCCAAAUUUUUUAGGGCUCCUGUCAUUCAGGGACCCUUAGAAUGAUUCCCUUUGACUUUCCCAUCCUUUUGGGCAGCCUUGAUGCAAAGCAAAGAAUCAUAGCUACAAUGCAGACAGACGUCCCCUUGCAUAUACUCUCCAUGGCGUGUGCAUUGCCAUGCUUCUAUGUGUGCGCAUAUAUACAAGCAAAAGAGAAAUAACUGUGAACACGUAUCCAAAGCCAUUUUAACUAAUACUAAGCCUUCAGAGUGAAAGAAUAUAAAAUCCCACUCCACUAGGAAAUGUGUGUGUUAUCUGUCAGCAUCAAAAAUGUUGGCAAAAUAGAUUUUUUUCUUUGUGCAAAAAAUAACAUAAACAUUCUUUCAUAUUCUUUUUUAUAUCUUAUAUAAAUGAUAUAUUUGUGUUACAUACAUCUAUACACAUGUUGUACACAGAGUGCUUCAGGCCGUUACCAGUGUGUACAUUUUUUUCAUUAAUUACCAUUUGUGUCUGAGAAAUGUUUUCUUGCAACUAUUGUACAGUUUUCUUUUUUAAUAAUAAAGAGUUUGGUUAACUUUG